UUAUUUAUGUUCUAUAAAUUGUUUCAUCUUACAACUUAGUGUCAACACAAUUAUAAUUAACUUUGUUAACUCAACAAAUUAAUCUCCUCAAGUUUCAACUCAUGGAGUGUGUCUCUAACAAACAUGUUUUCGUCUUUAUACUUUGUCUUGUGUUUCUUACUCCAUUUGUGUACUCUCAACUUAAUUGCAACUUCUAUGACAGAACUUGUCCAAGCCUUACCAGAAUAGUUAGAUCCAAUAUCUUGUCAGCUAUAGCCAAUGACUCAAGAAUCGCUGCGUCUCUCUUGCGCCUUCAUUUCCAUGAUUGUUUUGUCAAUGGAUGUGAUGGAUCGGUGCUACUAGAUGACACAGAUACUCUAAAAGGAGAGAAAAAUGCAUUACCUAAUAAAAAUUCAUUAAGAGGAUUUGAUGUAAUAGACAAAAUAAAGUCUGAUAUAGAGAGUGCUUGUCCAUCCACAGUUUCAUGUGCUGAUAUACUUACUCUUGCAGCAAGAGAUGCUAUAUAUCUGAGUAAAGGACCAUUUUGGGCUGUACCUCUUGGUCGAAGAGACGGCACGACAGCGAAUGAGAGUGAGGCAAAUAACUUGCCAUCGCCCUUUGAACCUCUUGAAAACAUUACUGCUAAGUUUGUUUCCAAAGGUCUUGAAAAGAAGGAUGUAGCAGUGCUGUCAGGUGCACACACAUUUGGCUUUGCUCAAUGUUUUUUAUUCAAGUCAAGACUCUUCGACUUUGGUGGCUCUGGUAAACCUGAUCCAUCGCUUGAUUCGUCACUUCUACAAAAUCUACAGAAAAUAUGUCCAAAUCAAGCUGAUUCUAAUACCAACUUGGCUCCGUUGGAUCCUGUGACGACAAAUACAUUUGAUAACACAUAUUACAAAAAUGUUUUGAGCAAUACUGGGUUACUUCAAUCAGACCAGGCACUUCUGGGUGACAACAUAACUUCUUCAUUGGUUAACAAUUAUAGCAAGUGGCCUAUUCUGUUUUUCAGAGACUUUGCUGUUUCUGUUGAGAAAAUGGGUCGUAUUGGUGUUCUUACUGGACAGCAGGGUCAAAUAAGGACUAACUGUAGGGCUGUUAACUAGAUAUAUGAUAUGGUAUGAUUAUUAUAUGCAUCUGUGUUUUCUCUUAUUAUAUAUUUAAUAAGUUUAGUACUAUAUAAUUGUAUUAAA